AUGGAGCACGUCCCCGGUUUCUCCCUGGGCAGGUUACUAGCCUUUGUCCUGUGCUUCGUCCAACCUUCCCUGGCUCUUCAGUGUGUGGACGAAAAGGCUCCGUGCGUGAACAAUGCCACAUGUCUGACCCUAAGCAACGGCACCGAGUUCUGCAGGUGCGCUGCGGGCUUCCUGGGCGAAUACUGCCAGCACCCCGACCCCUGCAAACCGGGCUACUGCCAGAAUGGAGGGACCUGCUCCGUUUCCAUGUCGACCGGGGGGCCCGUGCUGAACAGCGUUAGCUGCACAUGCCCCCUGGGCUACACCGGACAGCACUGCCAGACCCCCCAGAACUCCACCUGCUUCCCCAACAACCCCUGCCUCAACCGGGGCGUCUGCACCCUGCUGUCCCUCGAUAAGUACAAGUGCGAGUGCCCCAGAGGGUGGACAGGCCCGCGUUGUGAGCAUGAGGACAGCUGCCUCUCGGGUCCGUGUGCCAACGGCGGCCGCUGCAGCUCGCCCUCCGGUGGUAGCUACUCCUGCUCCUGUUCCCCCGGUUACAGGGGUCCUCGCUGUCUCAACGACACGAACGAAUGCGCAGAGCUGCCCUCGCUCUGCCAGAACGAGGGAGAGUGUCUCAACACGCUCGGGUCCUACAGGUGUAUCUGUAGGCCGGGCUUCACGGGCCAGCACUGUGAGAGCUCCUACAUCCCCUGCUCACCUUCUCCGUGUCUGAACGGGGGAACCUGCCACCAGAGCUCUGAAACCACCUACUCCUGCCACUGCCUCCCAGGUUUCAAUGGAACGAACUGUGAGAACAACAUCGACGACUGCCCCGGUCACCAGUGUGCCAACGGAGGGACCUGCAUGGAUGGAGUCAACACCUACAACUGCCAGUGCCCCCCCGAGUGGACCGGUCAGCACUGCACGGAGGACGUGGACGAGUGCCGGCUCCAGCCCAACACCUGCCAGAACGGGGGCACCUGCAGCAACGCCAUCGGCAGCUACGUGUGCGUGUGCGUGAACGGCUGGAGCGGGCCGGACUGCUCCGAAAACAUCGACGACUGCGCCACGGCCGCCUGCACGCCGGGCUCCACCUGCAUCGACCGCGUCGCCUCCUUCAUCUGCGUGUGUCCCUACGGGAAAACAGGCCUGCUCUGCCACAGAAACGACACCUGCAUCAGUAACCCGUGCAGGAACGGCUCCCAGUGCGACACGAACCCCAUCAACGGCAUGUUCAACUGCAACUGCCCCCCCGGGUACAUCGGCACCACCUGCAACAUCGACCGGGACGAGUGCAGCAUCGGAACCAACCCCUGUGAGCACGGCGGGCACUGCGUGAACACCGACGGCUCCUUCACCUGUAACUGUGCGCGGGGCUACGACGGGCCCCGGUGUGAGCAGGACGUGAACGAGUGUUCCUCCAACCCCUGCCAGAACGACGGCACCUGCCUCGAUCGCAUCGGAGACUACGCCUGCAUCUGCAUGCCCGGAUUCGAGGGGACUCAUUGUGAGAUCCAGGUGAACGAGUGUGGCAGUUCCCCCUGUCUGAACCAGGGAAAGUGCGUGGACCACGUCAGCCGUUUCGUCUGCGAGUGCCCAGCAGGCUUUAGCGGGGAAAUGUGUCAGAUCGACAUAGACGAGUGCUCCAGCACGCCCUGCUUAAACGGAGCAAAGUGCAUCGACCGGCCCAACGGAUACGACUGCGAAUGCGCCGAAGGUUUCCAGGGCUUGCUCUGUGAGGAGAACAUCAACGACUGCGACCCGGCGCCCUGCCAUUACGGCGUCUGCAGGGACGGCAUCGCCACCUUCUCCUGCGACUGCAACCCCGGAUACACGGGCUCCAUCUGCAACGUCCAGGUCAAGGAGUGCCACAGCAACCCCUGCCAGAACCAGGGCCGCUGCAUCGACCUGGUCAACGCAUACCAGUGCAACUGCCUACCAGGAACUACAGGUGUGAACUGUGAGAUCAAUGAGGACGACUGUGCCAGUAAUCCCUGUGAGUACGGAGAGUGCCAUGACGACAUCAAUAAGUACACGUGUGUGUGCGCCCCCGGCUACACGGCCGCCCGGGUGGAGACUAGCCGCCCGGGUGGAGCCUCAGACACAGCCCGGGUGGAGAUUAGCCACCCGGGUGGAGAUUAG